AAUCUGAACGGUAAAAAAUUCAAAACAGGGGACCUGAUUAUAUCUACAAAUUAUUAGUUAUUAUAAACUGUAGCUCAUAAUUUUCAAAGUUUUAUAGCUUAUGUAUGUUAGUGUUAGCUAAUUUAAGGGGAAAUAGGGUGUUUAUGACAAGAAAAGUUGGUUAAAAUGGCGUCGACUGUGAAAGGCUAUGCACAGUCAGCGAAUGUUGCUGCAGCAAGCCCUGCGAAUGGAGAACAAAAAGUCUACAUCGGAAGACGUACUGGAGCUGUAAUUAAGAUAAAUGCCAGAAAAGAUAGUCAUGGUUUUGAGCGCAUCGAAGACUACUUUCCUGACUCUGAGAGUGAAGAUGAAAACAAAUCCUUAUAUGAUGCAAAGCCAGUGAAACUGAAGCCAAAUCAAUACAUUGGAAGACGUACAGGUGCUUUGAUAGAGAUCAAUGCUCGUAAGGACAGCCAUGGGUUUGAACUCAUAGAGGACUACUUUCCAGACUCAAUUAGAGAGAGYGAUGUCAGCACAGUUUCUAACAAAGGUGAGUUAUAA